AUACGCAGUACUCUUCCUUAAGCGUAAGAAUAAUUGUGGAAUACCCGUAUUUGGAAAAAGCAAAAACACGGAACUUUUACUUCAUCAUCAACGCGUACAGAUCUACUAUUUGAAAUUUUUAUUAUCCAUAUUUUUGCUUUGCUUCUCUGAUUACAAACCCUAGAAUCUAUCUACACCUUCGUCGGAAUCGAUCGAAAGCUACCAUGGGAAACGCAGAGAAACUGAUGAAUCAAAUCAUGGAACUCAAAUUCACGUCAAAGAGCCUGCAACGCCAAGCCCGGAAAUGCGAGAAGGACGAAAAAGCCGAGAAAUUGAAGGUCAAAAAGGCCAUCGAGAAAGGGAACAUGGACGGCGCCAGAAUCUACGCCGAGAAUGCUAUCAGGAAGCGCAGCGAGCAGAUGAAUUACCUCCGCCUGGCUUCCAGGCUUGACGCCGUCGUCGCUCGGCUCGAUACCCAAGCCAAGAUGACCACCAUCAGCAAGUCAAUGUCCAAUAUCGUGAAAUCGCUCGAGUCAACCCUGGCCACCGGGAAUCUUCAGAAAAUGUCUGAGACCAUGGAUCAAUUCGAGCGCCAGUUUGUGAAUAUGGAAGUUCAGGCCGAGUUUAUGGAGAGCUCCAUGGCCGGAAGCACUUCCCUGUCGACGCCGGAGGGCGAGGUCAACUCCUUGAUGCAGCAGGUUGCGGAUGAUUAUGGCCUGGAGGUCUCUGUCGGGCUUCCACAGGCGGCGGCACAUGCGAUUCCAACCAAGAACAGUGAAGAGAAGGUGGAUGAGGAUGAUCUCUCCAGGCGUCUUGCGGAGCUCAAGGCUCGUGGCUAAAGUUACUAGAUGUAAACCCUUACCCACGUUGAAGAGAACUGGUGUUGUGAUAACAAAAUGCUGGUGCUGAUUCUUGAAAUUUGUAAGACAUAGCUCAUGCAUAUAACUCUGUUAUCUGAGGUUAAAUGAUGGUGCUGCCAAAGAUUUUAGACAGGAAUUGAAUGAUCAUUUAAAUACAUAAGACAGAUUAUGGAGUAGAAUGUAGAAGAGUUUUUGGGGUUUGUGGGAUGUUGCUGUACAUGUAGGGAAUAAAGGAAAGAAUUUCUUUGGUAGCUUAAUCACAACCGGAUUGCUGGAUUAGUAUUAGAUGCAUAAAGUGAAUUUAUGGAAAGACACAGUGCAGGUUUUUUUUUCAUUAUGCAAGACAAAAGACACUAUACAUGUUGAUUCUGUAUCCUUUUCUUACCUUCUAGGGGUCUACUUUGAGGUUCAAAAAGGUCCCACUGCUGUGAGUGUUCCCAGGGUAGGCUUAAGUUUUACCAAUUUUCCUACAUAGAGAGAUCCAUAUAGCCGACUCUAACUAAUGGGAAAAAGGCUUGUUGUUGUUGUUGUUGUAGUAGUAGUAGUAGAGAGAUCCUAGGUUAGGACUUGAAAGUCUCUGGAGUUGAAACCUUCUCGUCUCCUCUUGGUAAUGUGCAGUUUAUGCUCAAAUGGAAUUGUGAAUUGCAGAAAAUGCGACAAUAACCCUGCAGCAUCUCUGUUAAGUCUUAUGGUCAUUGAAGUUGAACAACUUUUCUAGGCUUUUAUGGUUGGCAUCACUUUCAGUUGGAUGCUUCUGCAGAAAUGAACUAAUUUCGAACUCCAUUGAAGUUUGAGACAUAAUGUUAGGAAAUCGUGAUAUUAAACGCCUCCUCGGCGUGGAGGAUCAUUUCCUCUGCUAUUAAUCGUUUGCCUCGAAAACAACUUCAGAGAUGUAGCUCACCGUUCACCAAUGGAUUCUUUUUCCAACAUUUUUUAGCCUGCUUACAAAUCACUAAACUGCCCAGUGUGAAUAGCUCUGGUGUCUUUUCGAAUUUGAUCUUUCAUUUAUGGUGACACUUGAGAAGCUAACGAGUUCUGCUACCACAAGUAUUUCCCACCAUGUUUGUGAUUGGAUUGGAUAGGAUUGCAUUUAAAUUGCACUUCAAUUUCGAUGUCGUUGUGUUGAAUGUUACUUUUAUGAUUGAUUUUGGCGCCUUGGUCGCGUGUUGAUUAAUUAUAAAAGGCAAAUUCAUAAUGAUAAGUUGGAGAGUAGAGAAACAUUCUGAAUACUGAAUGACGGAAUCCAAAUUUGUCCCAACACUUGGUAAGAAAAUGUAUGAAAUAAAUUCAAUAAUAAACCAAAUCAAUUAACAAAUCUUUGAAUCACUCGACACGCCACAAAGAAAAGAAAGAAUGCCACAAGUGUAAGAAAGACUUCGAAGGGAAAUUCAAACACACUGGGAGGAGCAGCACAUCAUAGUGGGAAAUCUGAUGAGACACGGUCUCGGACAAUGACCUCAGUUGAUGGUUCGUCUCCUUAGCGGAGUAGUGUUGAUGGCAGCAAUGUAAAUGAGCUGAGUAGCUGUGAGCAUGAUUAUGAAUGCUUCCAUUGUUUUCUGUAAAUUGUUCCAAAGAAAGAAUAAAAGAAGAUAUAAGAUAAACAUAAGUUUUUCAGACCUAGUGAAAGCUUCAGUCAGAAGUACUCCCUCCGUCUUAUAAUUAUUGUCCAGUUUGGAUUUUCAUUAAUUUAUAUUACAUUAAAA